AACUCCCUUAAACUUCCCCUUUGCUGCCUCUCUCUUUCUGUCUCAUUUCUGUCUCACUUUCAACCCCCCCCCCCCCCCCCCCCCCCCCCCCCCCCCCCCCCCCCCCCCCUACACAUUUAGAAACAAAGAUUAUACACAUAUACAUACAUAUGGCAGAGCUGGAGUUGCAUCAAAGUAAAGCUUCUAACACCUCUGCCGCCGCGAGUAAUGGACGUCUGAAGCUAUUUGGGUUCAACGUAACGGAAGACGAAGAAGUAGAGUCGACGAAAACGCCGUCUGGGUCGCCGGAAUCCGGCGGUUUUCCGUCAUCGGACGGCCGGAAGUACGAGUGCCAGUACUGCUGCCGGGAAUUCGCGAAUUCCCAGGCGUUGGGCGGCCACCAGAAUGCUCACAAGAAAGAGAGACAGCAACUGAAGCGUGCCCAAAUGCAAGCCAGCCGGAACGCCACGCUUUCCUACAUUCGGAACCCCAUGGUCUCCGCCUUCUCCCCGCCGGCCCACCUCCUGGCCUCGGCCGCCGGCCCCGUCGUCGUCCCCGCCGGCGCAGCCGCUUCCCCGUCCUGGGUCUACGUCCCACGCGCCCCGCCUCCCUUCCACGUGUCGCACGGCUGCGUUUUCCCGGCGUCCGCCGCCGCCGGGAGAGGCGUGGGGAACUUCUCGUACGCCGCCGGCACCGUGGCGGAUUCCGCCGUCACGUCCGUUGGGCGCCCGUCGGUCCAGGCCCAUAGCGCCAAAAUUGAUGGGCCGUCGUUGAGCCGGUUCUCCAGAGCCGACGAUGGGCCCAAUUUCGACGACGCAUUCGGCUUGGAUCUGCAUCUAAGCCUAGCGCCAGCCGCGCCUUGAGUCGGCUCUCACUCACAAGUGAGAUCGGCUUGGAUUGGCUAUAGACUAUAGUCAGCUGAUGUUAUUUACUCCAAUUCGGAUCUUUAAUUUGUACAUUAUUAAGAUUUAUUUAUUUAUUUUUAUUUAUCUAUCAACGGGAAAAAAAAAAAUUUAUGCUACUAAUUUCCUCUUCCCCCCCACCUGAAAUUAUGUGUUCCACUUUAUAAUCUUAUGAUGUAACCGGAUGUAGAUAUUGAUGUGAAUUUGAGAAA